AAGAAGGUUCUACCGACAACAAUGAAGAGCUUAAUUAAUUCAAUCGACGAUGCUGUCACGGAAACUCUGUUUGGUUUAUCUUACUCUUAUCCGCAACUCGAGUAUCAAGUAUCACACAAAGUCGUUCUAAUGCCAAACAUUUAUUCAGAUGAAUUGUAAUUUAGCUCGAGAAUCGAAAGAAUAAAGUUUCUAUUAUAUGCGGCGGAGGAAGUGGACAUGAACCUUUUGGAGCAGGUUUUGUUGGAAGUGGUAUGCUAACUGCUUCUGUAGCAGGUUCCAUAUAUGCUGCACCACCAUCGCAACACAUUUCCUAUUGUAUCGAACGUGUUACGCAACAUACUCAAGCUGGCGUUUUGGUAGUGGUACCGAAUUAUACUGGUGACUGUCUCAAUUUUGGGAUAGCGAUCGAAAAAGCAAGACAAGCAGGGUUGAAGGUAGCAGAGAUAAUUGUGAACGAGGACUGCAGUAUACCGAAUAAGGAUGUAGGCGUUGCUGGUAAACGCGGAUUAAGUGGGCUACUAUUUGUUAAUAAAAUAGCCGGCGCGCUGGCUGAAAGAGAAUUACCCCUUGAAGACAUUCAUACAAUUGCGCAGAAUGUUUUAGAAAAUAUGGCUACUUAUGCAGUUGGAUUAACUACAUGUGCUAUACCUGGGCAACCGCCAAUGUUUGAACUUGCGGAAGACGAAAUAGAAUGUGGAAUGGGGGUUCAUGGAGAAGCUGGAUACGAGAAGAUGAAAUUAAGAACGUGUAACGAAGUGGUUUCAUUCAUGCUGAAACGUAUCUGUGAUUCGCUACCCCUAGUUAGCGGGGAUUCAGUUGCGGUAAUUGUUAAUAAUUUUGGAGCGCUUAGCCAGUUGGAACAAGGAAUCGUUAUUCAUGAUUUGACGAACCAGCUUCGGAGCAUGGAUGUAAAACUUUUGCGCUUGUACUCUGGACUCCUGAUGACGUCGUUAAACAGUGCUGGAAUACAUAUUACCGCUUUGAAAUUGCCUGAAUGCCAUAAAGAGAUAUUUAUCAGAUGUCUCGACGAUCCUACUAGCGCGCCACGAUGGCCAGGUUGUGCAUAUAGUAUUCCUUUGGAAAAUAAACAAAUAAUUCCCGAAGAUAAAGUAACACGAAGUAUACAGCAGGUUGGGAUACAAAUUAAUACACAAUUGCAAAACCUACUGAAACAGUGUUUAAAGAAUGCCUGUGAAAGCAUAAUUGAAAAAGAAACUUUGAUCAAUGAUCUGGACAGAGGCUGUGGUGAUGGUGAUUGUGGUACAACACUCAAAAGGCUUGCUUAUGAGAUUUUGCAAGGCUUAGAUAAUUAUUAUUUAUCGCAUCCUUCGUCCGUUUUUUCCGAAUUGGCUCACAUUGCUGAAGAACAAAUGGGUGGCACAUCUGGUGCAUUGUAUUGCUUAUUUUUUACUAGUAUUGCCACAGAAUUAGUUUCUGCUCAACCAACAGAGGGUUGGUUACACAUCGUUGCGCGAACGUUACGCAGUGGUUUAAAUUGUUUAAUAAAAUAUGGGAAAGCUAAACCAGGAGAUAGGUCCAUGAUUGAUGUGAUCAAUGCUGUUUGCGAAACAUAUGAAAAGAUGUUGCAUAACCAAUUGGUUGAAAUAUGUACUGCUGUGAAAACAGCAGCUUGGCAAGCAUGUGAAGCAACAAAACAUAUGGAGCCCAAAGUUGGACGAGCUAGCUAUGUAAAACAACUUCAAUAUCUGCAAAAUGUAGAUGCUGGUGCACAUGGAGUUGCCACAUGGAUUGGUGCCAUUACUGAUGUAAUUAAGAGUAUAAAACCCUAAUCUUAAGCAAUUAAUUAAUAAAGUAUUUUACACUAAU